AUCAUUAUUAAAACAAAAGUUUAAAUUAAAUGCCUCAGUCUUCCUACUAUUCAAAGACAUUUUAAAGCAAACUACAUGGGUAAUCUGCGGUGACAUUUUUAUGAAAAUACCUUUCCGUUAAAAAUAUAAAAUACUGGUAUAUUUUUAUGGCAUGGUAUUUUAAUUGAAACCCUGAUGCUACUCAAUUUUUCUCAAGUAUUUCAUCUUCAUUUACUCAAUAAAGGAACACUUGUAAGAAUUAUAGUUAGGCAUCCUACCUGAUGAUUUUAUCGGGACCGUAUUAUUUCCACUUCCAGAAAUGUCGUUCCUUUCAGUCAGUUAAAAUCAACUGGAACCAACUAUAACCUACAAGUUUUCAGCUCCAGUAAUAUUUUGAAAACUUUUUAAAAAUUAAGCAAGCCCUUUUAAUAAUUACUCCUUUCGUGGGUGUUCUUGGUAAAGUUUUAACAUCACAUAAUAUAAGUAUUGUGUAUCAUCGUUUUUAAGCUCUACAAAUAACGUGUGAUUCACAAAGAGGUGAGCGUAAUCAUUUCUUCCGGAAUUUCUUAGUCGUUGCAAUAAUAAGAAUGGGCUCUAGGCGCCGCUGUUCACCAAUCAGGGAAUGGGAAGCUGCGCGCCAUUGAGUCCCUCCCUCCCCCGCCUCUACCACACAAAGCGGAAUGAGAUGGAUACUCACAGAUCCUGACACUGGAGACUUAGAAGUAUUUUCCUUCGCUUUCUGAUAUAUUUUGGAUGCAGUCGGCCUAGGACUUCAUAGAUACAUAAGCCGAUUCACAACCAACCAGCUCAAGAAACCGCGGAAUAUCGGCUUAGAGCCUGCGAUGGCGAAUCGGCUACAGCGCCUGGACCGCAGUCGGCUGGUGCUGCUGUGCAUUUUCCUGGGGACGCUGCGGGGGUUCAGGGCCAGGCAGAUCCGAUAUUCGGUGCCAGAAGAGACCGAAAAAGGCUUCUUCGUGGGCAAUAUCUCCAAGGACCUGGGGCUGGAGCCCCGGGAGCUGGCGAAGCGCGGAGUCCGCAUCGUCUCCAGAGGGAAGACACAGCUUUUCGCUGUGAAUCCGCGAAGCGGCAGCUUGAUCACGGCAGGCAGGAUAGACCGGGAGGAGCUCUGUGAGACGGUGUCCUCCUGUUUUUUAAAUAUGGAACUUCUCGUGGAAGACACCUUGAAGAUUUACGGAGUGGAGGUGGAAAUAAUAGAUAUUAAUGAUAACGCUCCCAGCUUCCAGGAAGAAGAAGUGGAGAUAAAAGUCAGUGAGCACGCAAUUCCUGGGGCGCGAUUUGCUCUUCCUAAUGCUAGAGAUCCAGAUGUGGGCGUGAACUCCCUCCAGAGCUACCAGCUCAGCCCUAAUAAUUACUUUUCCUUGCAACUGCGGGGCAGAACGGAUGGGGCCAAGAAUCCAGAGCUAGUACUGGAGGGAAGCCUGGACCGAGAGAAAGAGGCUGCUCACCUGCUCCUCCUCACAGCUUUAGAUGGAGGCGAUCCCAUCCGAAAGGGCGCAGUUCCCAUUCGUGUGGUGGUCCUCGAUGUAAAUGAUCACAUCCCAAUGUUUACACAGUCCGUAUAUCGCGUGAGUGUUCCAGAAAACAUCAGCUCCGGAACUCAGGUGCUGAUGGUUAAUGCAACGGAUCCAGACGAGGGAAUCAACGGGGAAGUAAUGUAUUCAUUUCGGAGCAUGGAAAGCAAGGCUUCUGAAAUAUUCCAAUUGGAUUCACAAACUGGAGAAGUUCAAGUACGGGGGUCUCUGGAUUUUGAAAAAUAUAGAUUCUAUGAGAUGGAAAUUCAAGGCCAAGAUGGUGGAGGUCUCUUUACCACCGCGACGAUGUUGAUCACUGUUGUGGAUGUGAAUGAUAACGCUCCAGAAAUAACUAUCACCUCUUCUAUUAAUUCAAUUCUGGAAAACUCUCCUCCAGGUACAGUCAUUGCUCUUCUAAAUGUGCAAGAUCAAGAUUCUGGAGAAAAUGGUCAAGUCUCCUGUUUUAUUCCUAACCACCUGCCUUUUAAAUUAGAAAAGACUUAUGGAAAUUAUUACAAAUUGAUAACAAGCAGAGUGCUGGACAGGGAGUUGGUCCAGAGCUACAAUAUAACAUUGAUAGCCACAGACCAGGGAAGCCCGCCUUUGUCUGCAGAAACUCAUAUCUGGCUGAAUGUGGCAGAUGACAACGAUAACCCUCCCGUUUUUCCUCACUCCUCUUACUCUGCCUACAUUCCUGAAAACAACCCCAGGGGUGCCUCCAUCUUCUCAGUGACCGCCCUCGACCCGGACAGCAAACAGAAUGCCCUGGUCACUUACUCUCUGAAGGAUGACACUGUCCAGGGGGUGCCUCUGUCCUCCUAUGUCUCUAUUAACUCCAACACUGGUGUUCUCUAUGCCCUACAAUCCUUCGACUAUGAGCAGUUUCGAGACUUACAACUGAGAGUGAUAGCACGUGACAGCGGGGACCCGCCCCUCAGCAGCAACGUGUCGCUGAGCCUGUUCGUGCUGGAUCAGAACGACAAUGCGCCCGAGAUCCUGUACCCUGCCCUCCCCACAGACGGCUCCACUGGCGUGGAGCUGGCACCCCGCUCUGCAGAACCUGGCUACCUGGUGACCAAGGUGGUUGCAGUGGACAAAGAUUCAGGCCAGAACGCCUGGCUGUCCUACCGCCUGCUUAAGGCCAGCGAGCCGGGACUCUUCGCGGUGGGGGAGCACACGGGCGAGGUGCGCACAGCGCGGGCACUGCUGGACAGAGACACACUCAAGCAGAGCCUCGUGGUGGCCGUCCAGGACCACGGCCAGCCCCCUCUCUCGGCCACCGUCACGCUCACCGUGGCUGUGGCCGACAGCAUCCCCGAAGUCCUGGCGGACCUCGGCAGCCUCGAGUCUCUGGCUAACUCUGAAACGUCAGACCUCACGCUGUACUUGGUGGUGGCUGUGGCCGCGGUCUCCUGCAUCUUCCUGGUCUUUGUCAUCGUGCUGCUGGCACUCAGGCUGUGGCGCUGGCAUAAGUCACGCCUGCUGCAGGCUUCUGAAGGCGGGUUGGCAGGUAUGCCCACCUCACACUUUGUAGGCGUGGACGGGGUACAGGCUUUCCUGCAGACCUAUUCCCACGAGGUCUCUCUCAUUGCGGACUCGCAGAAGAGUCACCUGAUUUUCCCCCAGCCCAACUAUGGGGACACGCUCAUCAGCCAGGAGAGCUGUGAGAAAAGCGAGCCACUCUUGAUAGCUGAAGACUCGGCUAUCAUUUUAGGCAAAUGUGACCCGACAAGCAAUCAGGUGAGAUUUAUUUCUCUGCCUCCUAAUUGUUGGUGUCUUGGCACAAGUCUUUUAAGGAGAUGUUUUUUGAGCCUGUUAUGAAAACUGUUUGGGGGGCGGCGGCAUAUAUUUAGUUCAUAUAUAUUUAGAGCAAUACAUGUGAGUUUUACUUUGCCUUUCAUGAGAUUACCAUAAUCUUUCAGAACGUUUUUGUGAAAGUCAUUUUUCAGUCCUGGCAUAUUUUCUUUUGAUUUCAACGGGGCCAUUCAACUAUGCUGGCUUGGUUUGGAGUAAGUUGAAUUUUAGUAUUAUUUUUCUAUUAUCAGUGUAUGAGGCUCUCAAUUUAUUAUAUAUAGAUACAAAUUAAUGAUUCACAGACACUUUUUAUUUCCAUUUCAAUUUUGCUGUGCCUUCACUGAUUUGUAGUUAUAUUCCACCAUUAUUUGCUAUUACUGCUAAUGUUCAAAUUUUGAUCCUGUUGAUUUAAUAGCAUGCUCCCUCUAGCUCUCUUUCUCAUCUAUCUAUCUAUACACAUGCACACACACUUAUACAUGUAAGCUUUUCUCUGAGCAAUUUUAGUUUGAUUCUUGGUGGCUGGUAAUAUGCUUAGAUCCUGUUGACUAUUUCAACUUUGUCUCAUUUCUUCAUCCUAUCAACACAGACAUAUUGACUGGCUUUUAACUACUGGAUUUCCUUGGGAGACAAAAUUUAGAUCACAUUUUUUCUUAAGCUCUAGAUGUCUUUUCCAUUACUAUGGUGAAGUUACAUUUACUGUUAUGAGGAAAUAAUUGAACUAUUGAACUGGUAUUAUUUCCCUUUAUUCUUUUACUUUGGUGUCUGUGUUUGUAUGUAUGGAAGGUUUUUUAAUGUAGUAAAUCGAUAUAUAGAAAUAACUUGAUUUUGAUUCAGUGCUUCUCAAAAACCUAUUUUCAAAUGUGCUAAAGAUGUCUACAGAUUUAUUCAAAUAGAGUAGUUUGUGAAUAUAUAAAUAGAUUGAAGGUAUUUGGACUUUAAUUAAACUGAUUUAGCUAGUAUCCUUCUGGCUAUUUUUUUGUUCAUUUUCAGUGUACUUGGGAGUCAUAGAUUCCUUCUUUCUUUCUUUAUAAGGUCAUUCUUAUGGCAAAUAGUACAUUCAGUUCUUUUAUUCAGACCAACUUGUUAUUGAAGCUUGAUAGUUGCCUGACAUACAUGUUAUCUGAAGCAAUGCCUAGGAAAGCCAAAUGAGGACAGGAGACUUAUCUAGGGUUUUUGAUCACAGGAAUCAUUUCCAUAAUCAAUUCAGUCAACACUCUCACAUCACUUCUAGGUAUUUGCCCCAAAUUACUUGCAUAUUUAUGUUCCCUUUCAAGUUUAGUUUUCUCAUUUAGGAAUUUACCUUAUGUCAUUAGUUGUAAACUGACUAUCUAGGGCUCAGACAAAAAUAAUUUCAACUGUAGGAAAGGCAAGUCUUCCAACAGAUGCCUACAUUUUUCUUGAAGUCAAGAAAAAUGUUCGGGUAUUUUGAGCAUCUAGGGAUAGGAUUUAUACUUGUGGAAUUCCAAACUGAGAAAAAUGAUGUAAGGCAUUGUACUUUAACUGGAAUUAGUUAAAUAAAAAGGUUAUGAGGUAUUUGGCUGGGAAAAGGAGAUUGUUCCAUAUUAUAAAACCUCAUCUAUACUAACUUCCCAAGAUCUUGGAGAACAAAAAGGAAGGGUUGGCUUUGAAAUGUGAUAUUAAGAGGGUUAUGUUGAUUUGGAGGUAGUGAUAAAGUUCUGUUAAUGUAUAACAUAUAGUCCCAUUAAACAGAGGAUAAAAAUAAAACACCAUCACAUUUCAUGUUAUUAAUUCCUAUGGCAACCUACUAGGCUAUAGCUUUAUAUUCUCUUUAUGAUAAAAGCAUGAAACACUUAAUAAUCCUUUUCAGAAACCUCUUUUAUAAGUGAUAAGAAGGGUGUGGCUAACUUUAUUCUGAAUAUGCCCUAUAUAGCUCUCAGUGCUCCUCCAGUUUUCUCUGAUAAAACUAGGAGGAAAAUUAUCUGCACAUCAGAUUGAAAAUAACAGUGCAUAUCAUUUCAUAGUGGUCAAAAUUUUUCCAUACCACUUGAUGGGGAUGUUUUCCCACAUGGUUUUCGUUCUACAUCAGGAGAGAAGACUGCCUAGUUCUUGCAACAUGUGCAUUGCUUCUGCUUAGAAAAAAACAAACUUUUAACUUCUCUUUACUGGGUUAAUGACUGUUCUGUAGGAUCCCAUCUCUAAGGAAUCUUCUUUGGUAGUAAACACUGGAAAAUAGUCACUACCAGAACUCACAAAAUGUCUAGUUUCCUAUACAUUAGUCCAACACAUCUGUGUAAAUUCUGAAUCCCAUUGAAUUAGCAAAGGCUUCCGGCUGCAGUUUUCUAAAUAGACUCAGAGCCCCGCUGUUGGCCAAUGUGCUGCAAGAACUGGAGCCUGGGAUCUACCAGGACAAUAUUCUGUUCAGUCACAGAAGCAAGUUGGAGAGUGGCCAAGACUUGGGCUUUCUGCUCCUGCAAAUCUGAUUCCAUAUGGAUUGGGGUGCCCUCAAACUGGGAGCAUUGAGUUUUCUAUGUGUGGAAGUAAAUAUUUUAAAAGCACUUUGUGAAACAUUUUCUCUUAACGUCGGAGAUUGCAGCAACGCACGGGAAGGAUGGGAAACAGGGUGAAGUAGAGAAGCAGGACCCGGCGGCGGCAAGCACUCUUCCCUUUCCUGCUGCCUUUGUUCUGCGGGGCACCCUCGGAGAAGAUCUGCUACUCUAUUCCAGAAGAAACGGUCCAGGGCUCCAUGGUGGGGAACCUUGCUGAGGACAUGGGGCUGCAUGUUCAGGAUUUAUUGACCUGAAACCUUAGAGUUAGUGCAGAGAAACAAUACUUUACCAUGAACAUGGAGAAUGGGAACAUACUUGUGAGUGACAAAAUAGAUUGAGAGUCACUGUCCUCAAAAUCCUCCGUGUCAUACCCUUAGAGAUUGUAGCAGAGAAUCCUCUAAAUGUUUUUCACAUAAAUGUGAUGAUAGAAGAUAUAAAUGAUAAUCCACCUCAUUUUCCCCAAAAUAGCAUUGUUUUACAAAUCAAUGAACUAGCAAUUCCAUGCAUUCGGUUUGGCCUGGAAUCUGCUAUAGAUGCAGAGGUAGGGCCUCACUCUCUCCAGAGUUACCAGCUCAGUUCUAAUGAACAUUUCUCUCUGAUGAUGGACAACACUAACGGCAAGAAUGCCCCAGAAGCCCCUGGACCAGGAGCAACAGAGCUCUCAUCUCCUGGUCCUGAAAGCAAUGGAUGUGGGUGACCCAGUCCUAAAUGGCACUGCUGCAAUUCAAAUUGAGGUCACUGAUGCCAACAAUAAUGCCCCAGUUUUUAGUCAGGAUGUAUACAAAGUCAGCCUUAGAGAGAAUGUGCCCCCAGGCACCUCUGUACAGCCACUGACCAGGAUGAAGGUGUCAAUGCGGAGAUCACCUACUCUUUCAAAUCCCUACGAGAUGAUAUUGGAAAUAUGUUUGUGCUAGACCAUCAAAAUGGGGAAAUUAAAUCCAAAGACUUAAUAGACUUCGAAAUUCGUAGCAGUUAUACCAUGAGCAUAGAAGCUAAGGAUGGUGGAAGCAUGACCAGCGAAUGUAAAAUUAUACUAGAAAUCCUAGAUGAGAACGACAAUGCCCCAGACGUGGUUUUUACUUCAGUGUCCAGUUCUGUAACUGAGGAUGCAGAACCCUGGACGGUGAUCACUCUGUUCAAAACACAUGAUAAAGAUUCGAGAGAAAAUGGAGAGGUUACAUGCCUCAUAAACGAAAGAGUUCCUUUUAGUAUCUAAUCUUCCACCAAUAAUUACUAUAAGCUUGUAACAGAUGGGACCCUGGAUUGGGAGUGGAUCCCGGAGUACAACGUCACCAUCACUGCCACUGACAGGGGCAAGCCUCCACUCUCAUCCAGCACAAGCGUCACCCUACGCAUUGGUAAAGUCAACGACAAUGCUCCGGUUUUCCACCAGGUCUCCUACGUGGUCCACGUGGCCGAAAACAACCUUCCCGGAGCCUCCAUGGCAUAAGUCAGCGCCUCUGACCUGGACCUAGGGCUGAAUGGCCAAGUCUCCUAUACCAUCGUUACCAGUGACUUGGAGCUGCGGGCACUGUCGUCCUACGUGUCGGUGAGCGCACAGAGCGGGGUGGUGGUCGCGCAGCCCGCCUUCGACCACGAGCAGCUGUGCGCCUUUGAGCUCACGAUGCAGACCCACGACCAGGGCUCGCCCGCGCUCAGCGCCAACGUGAGCCUGCGCAUGUUGGUGGGCGACCUCAAUGACAAUGUGCCGCAGGUGCUGUACCCCGCGCUGGGGCCCGAUGCCUCCGCACUCUUCGAUAUGGUGCCACGCGCCGCAGAGUCCGGCUACCUGGUGACCAGGGUGGUGGUGGUGGACGCAGAUUCGGGACACAACGCUUGGCUGUCCUACCACGUGCUGCAGGCCAUUGAGCCCAGGCUUUUCAGCCUGGGGCUGCACACGGGCAACCUGCUGGUUGCUGUGCGUGACGGAGGAAAGCCGCCGCUCUGCACCGCUACGCUUCACCUAGUCUUCGCAGACAGCCUGCAGGAGGCACUGCCAGACUUCAGUGACGGUCCUGUGCCCUCUGAUUCCCAGGCAAAGCUGCAGAUUUACCUGGUCGGGGCCUUGGCCUUGAUUUCUAUGCUCUUCUUCCUCGCAGUGAUUUUGGCGAUCGCCUUGCACCUGCGAUGCUCUUCCAGCCCCUCUGCCUGGGGUUGCUUUAACCCUGGUCUGUGUUCUAAGACUAGACCAAGGGUUUCUCCCAACUACAAUGAGGGAAAUUUGCUUUAUUCCUGCAAUCUCUAUGUUCCCUCGGAUUCUAGAAAAAGAUUUAAUUUUCUCACCAUGACACCAGAAACAGUCCCCCCACAAGAUCUUUCUAAUGAAGUUUCUCUGGUAGCAAGCUUCACUGAAGAGAAUAACAAGAUAAGCUCUAACUCUGUUGCUCCUACUCACAUGAGUUCCAAUAAAUGUCUUUCAUUUACAAAUGGGUGUGGUUUAAUUUUCAAACCAAUAUUUUGGCAAGAAAAUCUUAAACAUAUUAUAUCUACUAUUGCUUCAGGUUUGUUUGCCCACUCUUAAUAUUUUCUGUUCCUUUCUGUGUGGGCCAGUAACUUCAUUAUUAGCUUUCAUGUAUUUUUGAAACAUUUUGACCAUUUUUACAGGAGACUUUUUUUUUUUUUUUGGACGGAGUCUCGCUCUGUGGUCCAGGCUGGAGUGCAGUGGCGUGAUAUCGGCUCACUGCAAGCUCCGCCUUCCGGGUUCUGGCCAUUCUCCUGCCUCAGCCUCCCGGGUAGCUGGGACUACAGGCGCCCGCCACCACGCCCAGCUAAUUUUUUGUAUUUUUAGUACAGACGGGGUUUCACCGUGUUAGCCAGGAUGGUCUCGAUUUCCUGACCUCGUGAUCCUCCCGCCUCGGCCUCCCAAAGUGCUGGUAUUAUAGGCGUGAGCCACUGCGCCCUGCCCGGAGACAUUCUUUAUACACACACACACACACGUGUGAAAAGUGGGUAUUAUGAUACUGCUGUCAUUGAGAUAUUUUAAUUGAGGAAUAAAUUUUUUUCCUGUGGUGUUUCUUGGGACAUCAAUAUUUGAGUAUAUAAGGCUUUAUCUUUAAUCCAUUAACUAUAAAUUUUGAAGAAAAUUCAUGAGAAAA